AUAAAAUAGGGUUUGACUAAAAUAAUCCGGGGUGAACAUUACAGAAAAUUUGAGAGAGAGAAUAAAAAUUUCCAAAGGGAAUAAGAAUGGAGAAAUGGCAAUGAUCAUGAGUGGGAGGAAGACAGAAGUGGGCGCAGGAUAAGCACGUGGGCGUCGCCUUUCUCUCAUUGCCUUCACGCUGGCACACCGAACUGAACCCAAACCUCAUAACCUCACAAAACGUCACAGUUUGGGUUCUUCAUCUCUGUUUUUCCGGCGAAUGAUUUUGAGUUUUUUAAGAAAAUUAAAUACAGGAACUCAAGUGUUCUUAAUAGGAUGAAAAUCUGGUAAUCAGAGAAAGUUCAGAAGAAGAAAAAGAAAAGACUCAAACAUGAAGUUUAUGAAACUCGGUUCUCGGCCUGAUACUUUCUACACUACUGACGCUGUAAGGUCAGUGUCCUCAGAAGUCUCUAGUGAUCUCAUAGUCCAAGUCAAGGGAAGCAGAUAUUUGCUUCACAAGUUUCCCCUGCUUUCCAAGUGCUUGCGGCUCCAGAGGCUGUGCUCCGAAAGCCCAGACUCCCAACACCACCAAAUAGUCCAACUCCCUGAUUUCCCUGGCGGCAUCGAGGCAUUCGAAUUGUGUGCUAAGUUCUGCUAUGGCAUCACAAUCACACUCAGUGCCUACAACAUUGUAUCUGCCAGGUGUGCUGCUGAGUACCUCCAAAUGACCGAGGAUGUCGAAAAGGGGAACCUAGUUUACAAGCUUGAAGUCUUCUUCAAUUCUUGCAUACUUCACGGUUGGAAGGACUCAAUCGCAACGCUACAAAGCACGAAAGCGUUCCCUUCGUGGUCCGAGGAGCUUGGAAUCACGAGCCGGUGCAUUGAAGCGAUUGCUUCGAAAGUUUUAGCCCAUCCCUCGAAAGUGAACUUGUCGCAUAGUCAUUCGCGUAGGGGUAGGGACGAUGCAUCAUGCAACGGGGGAGAGAGCCAGAGGCAUAGCAAACUUAUGACAAAAGGGUGGUGGGCUGAAGAUGUGGCAGAAUUGGGGAUAGACCUAUAUUGGAGGACUGUUAUAGCAAUCAAAUCCGGUGGGAAAAUACCCUCGAACCUCGUGGGAGACGCAUUGCGAAUUUAUGCGUCGCGAUGGCUACCUAACAUUUCAAAAGACUACAAGCAAGUAGUAGACUCAGACCCAGACUCGGACACAGUUGGGUUUGGGGAUAUGACUUCAAAGCAUAGGCUGCUUUUGGAAUCCAUUAUAAGCCUACUCCCACCGGAGAGAGGUGCUGUUUCGUGCAGUUUCUUGCUUAAACUCUUGAAAGCAGCCAAUAUACUUAACGCCUCGUCUUCUUCGAAAAUGGAAUUGGCUCGGAGAGUUGGAAUUCAAUUAGAGGAAGCGAAAGUCGGGGACUUGUUGAUUCCCUCUUUGUCGCGCACAAUUGACACAGUUUAUGAUGUGGACAUAGUCAUGACUAUUUUGGAACAAUUCAUGUUACAGGGGCAGAGCCCUCCAACUAGUCCCCCGCGAACCAAGGACGGUUUUGAGAGGAGGCGGCGGUCUCGCUCAGCUGAGCACGUCGAUUAUGAGUUUCAAGAGAGUAGAAGGUCCUCUUCCGCGUCCCAUAGCUCGAAACUCAAGGUGGCGAAGCUUGUGGACGGGUAUCUUCAUGACAUAGCUCGAGAUGCGAAUUUGCCGCUGUCAAAAUUCAUUGGACUAGCCGAGGCCUUACCGGACUUUGCAAGGCUUGAUCAUGAUGAUCUAUACAGAGCAAUUGAUAUUUAUCUCAAGGCACACCCGGACCUCAACAAAAGUGAAAGAAAGCGUUUGUGUCGAAUUCUAGACUGCAAGAAGCUGUCAAUGGAAGCGUGCAUGCACGCAGCUCAAAACGAGAUGCUGCCACUGAGGGUAGUGGUGCAAGUCCUCUUCUUCGAGCAAGCUAGGGUUGCCAUGGCUGGUGGCCAGAUGACCGAGCUUCCUAGCAACAUUAAAGCACUUCUCGCUGCAAAUGAUGACUCGAGGAGGCCUACAGCAUCGCUAAGCACCAAUGCGACAGCUCAAGCAGAGGAUCAGUGGAGCAUCUCUGGUCUCAAAUCACCAAAAUCGAAGCUUUCAACUUUGAGGAUGAAGCUGGCUGAGGAUGAUGAUUUGGAGGAGAAUUACUCUGAUGGAAUUGGGAAACAAUCGAAAGUUAAAGCGCUUUGUUCGAUUCCUGGUCGGCCUAAAAGAAUGUUCAGUAAGUUGUGGUCCAUCAAUAGAAGCGCGAGCGAAAGGAAUUGACAGAAAUUUAUUUAUUUUCCAGUUGGGAUGCUAAUUAGUAUGAAGUGUAAUUCCAAUCUUACUUUCUCUUUUUGUAUUUGUUGUUGCAAAAUGCCUUGUAUUUUUAGGGGAAAAGUCACUGUGAAUUGUUGUAGUCUAUGUUAAUAAGAAACAUGUUUUUUUUUUUUUGGUUUUUUUUUUUUGGAGAAAUGAGAGGAAAAUCUCUCGAGAAACUUUACUUUUGUGGAAAUUGAUUAGGAUCUUUUGAUGGAAUUGUCUUAACGCGGGGCCAAAAAUUCUAGCGAUUUGUCUUUAGAUUUGUCAGCA